ACCACACGCCCCGCCUUCCCACAACAAAAACAUCUGGAAGCAAUCCAAGAUGGCCGCCGCGACCACAGCGGGGCUCGAAGCCCACAGUAUGGAAGACAAGAAAUUCGAAUAUUUCUCGUCCAUCAACUCCAUGGCCAAGAAGAUAAUGCAAGAGCGGGAGAAAAUCAAGACCAAGCACGGCUCGACGUGGGAGAAAAUGUCACCGCAGGAACAAGACAGCGCCAUCGACAACUGGAUGAUGGAUCCUCACAUACGAGGCCGAUACGCGAUGCACAAAGUAGACAGAGAGGAGGUGGACUGUUAUCCCAAAGUGCUCAUACAAACCGGGCAGAAGAUUGUCCAUUUCGGGGAGGAGGACAUCACAUGGCAAGAUGAACAUUCGGCCCCCUUCUCAUGGGAAACCAAGAGCCAGCUGGAAUUCAGCCUGACAUCAGGCGCUGCUGACCAGGCGGCGUCCGUCUCCCAGGGGGACCCCAAAUCCUCAAAGACCCCCCACUCCAACUAUCUUGGCAAGACCACGGCUACCAAGGUGUCUGUGAGUGAGAGCAGGAGACCCAAGGAGUCGUCUGCUUUCUGGAAGAUCAGUGCAGAGCGGUCCAGGCUGGAGGGGGAGCAAGCGGACUUCCAGUCCCUGACCCCCAGUCAGAUCAAGUCCCUGGAGAAGGGAGAGAAGCCACUGCCCUCUUACCUGCGCCAGGAGUCAUCUUUCCCCCCCAAAGAGCAGGAGGCGGCGGCAGACCCCCAGCCUGCGCCCCCAUCCAGGCCCACCAAGCAGCGAGCACCCAAGCCCCCGGCGCCGCAGCCCCCUGCGGUCGUGAGCGCCACGCCGGCGUCCAUCUCCAUCUCGCCUGGCCCCGCCCCUCCGGUCGUGGUCUCGGCAGGGGGGGGCUGGGAGCGAUCUCAGAGCACGCUGCCGGCCGUGGGCUACACCGUGGACGAGGUGUACCCCUCCAACGCCCUCUCCAAGGAGGACGAGGCCUCACCCAGCAGUCCCGUCUUUUCCCAGUUCAACACCAGCAGCAACAUCCUGAAGACGGGCUUCGACUUCCUGGACAACUGGUAGGCUGCUGCCGCAUGACGGACGGCGUCACGGCCACCUCGCCGCUCCACGGCCGCAUCCACCCUCCCUCCCUCCCCGGUCAGCUUGGAACGCUUCCUUCCCUUCUGGCCCCCCCCCCCCCACCUUGGCGCUCAGUCCCACGCGCCAGACAUUCUGUAUUACUCGUGCUUUUUCUCCUAGAUUGUUUCCUGCGUGGGAGGGAGCGUGCCUCGCCACUUGCUGUUCAACCACGCCGAUGAUUGCUGUGUGGUGAUUGGCCUUUCUGGGGCACAAAUGUCUAAUCCAGCGCCACAACAAAUACGGUUUCAACAAAACAUAGGAACCUACGCUGGCCACACAGAGGCACGAGUAACACACAAGUACCAGACUCCAUUGUUGCAACGACAAUGGGCUUUUAUUGCAAUGCUGGCUUAUACAGUAGUUGUGUUAUCCAUAAUACCACUACUGGUGUAGCCUCCAGCUACAACAGUAAUUGUGUUAUCCAUAAUAACAACUACUGGUGUAGCCUCCGGCUUCAACAUUGGUUGUGUUGUUAUGGAUAACACAACUACUAGUGUAGCCUCCAGCUACAACAGAAGUUAUCCAUAAACAACACAACUACUGGUGUAGCCUCCAGCUUCAACCAACAUUACUUCCUCUUCCGGAACACAUUUAUUCAAUCACAAGCAUAUUUAUGUCUUAUUUUCUCUUAUGAUGGCUACUAUAUUAGGCUGUAGGUGUGUACAGGUGACUAUAGGGCUGUUGGGUCACGUCUAGAGCUCUAGUUAUAUUAAAAGUGUAUGUAGAAGGUUGCAAAGUACCAAAAUAUAUUUAUGAAUAAAGAGUGGAUUUAAAUCAGCACUGCAAAUUUGAGAUCCCUGGAUGAGAUGGUAGAGAAGACACGCACGUUCUAAUCAUGGCGCAUCUUUUUCCAUCUUUAUCAACACGACACAACCAGAGCUAUUUUACCCCCCAUAUGAGACUUGCGUGGAUGAUGAUCCGUAUGACGUAUGAAUGCCAGCCAUUACAGGACUACCUUUAAGUCACGCCAAUAAAAGGAAGAAAUGCUUGAUGUUGUCAUUUGGGACUUGACCAUGAUGCGGAGCAGAGCAUCAUGCUGGUGCAACAUGAUAUGAGGCAUUUAUGAUAUCAAUUUCAAAUGUUUACACUGCUUUUUACUAAAUUGUACAGUACAUCAUUCCCCACUUUAUCAGAUUUCAGUCUUGGGAAUUUACGACUAUUCUCUAAAACUGACAACUUUAUUCUUAUAUCAUUUGUAAUUAUUAAUUUAUGAGACUAAAGCCUGAAACUUUUUUUCUUCUUGAAAAUGUCCAACUAUUAUUGUAAAUUCUUUAAAAUUACAAUUUCAAAGUCAUGAAUUCACGAGAAUAAAGGCAAGAAUUUCCACUUUC